AUGUCUGUCGACCUCGACUGGAGCCUGCUCACCCAGGAUCUAGCGGAGAAGCUGCGUGAGCGGAUAAACGAGCUACUUCCUGAUGUACCGCUCCCAGACUUUGUAGGCCCACUACAUGUACAUACCCUCGAGUUUGGGCACGAUCCUCCCGAAGUGGAGCUCGCGCACCUCGGCGAUGUUUGGACGCAAUUCCGGGACGGCGUCGCUGCGGCCCACCGUGCCGAGGUCUCUCUUCCUCCAACCUCCAACGCAAUGCCGAUGCGCCUGCGCACUUUUCGUCACUACGAAGGCGAGCAGCCUACCUCUGUGAACCCCGACACCGAGUAUACCUCUGAAUACGGUGACGACGAUUCCCUAUGCCGUUGGAGCGAGACGGACUCUGAACCGGGACACCCGGUGCAUGCAUCGCAGUGCGCAGAAACAGAUGAGCACAACGUGAGCUCUGAAAACAGCUUGCCAUCACUGCAGGCGCAUUUCCGCAUCCAAUGGCUCACCACAAGCAUUCGCGUGGUGCUCACUACCUCGUUGCAAAUGUACCACGGCGGCACCAAGGUCAUGUGCUUGCCGAUGACACUUGCACUUACCGGCAUGGAGCUCCUUGGCCAGCUCAUCCUUGCUUUGGACGGCGGUGAGCGCUGUGUGCACGUAUGCCUCGCCCAGGACGACGCCCAACUUGCCGAGGAAGGCAAGACGCCGGAGCGUGCCGAUCCCUACGUACUCUUGCACAUGCGCCACAAAGCAAUGCGGAUCAUUCCCUACAUGGCGUUUGACAGCCGCGUCGGCGAGCCAGUCAAGCACGUCUUGCAGAAUGUGGGCAAAGUCGAGCGGUUUGCAGGCGACGUGCUCCGCCAGCUUCUCGACACCGAGCUCGUAUUUCCCAACUUUUACACACUCUACUUGCCAUAG